AAAAUACCUGCAACCAUUGGUGGCUGCUUAGUCCUGGAAACCCUCUUGAUGGAUGGCAAUUCAUUCCAAGGAAACAUCCCUCCCAGUUUGAAGAACAUAAAAGGGCUUACUGUACUGAAUUUGACGGACAACAAACUGAACGGCAGCAUUCCAAGGGACCUCAGCAAAUAUCACCAGCUUGCAGGAACUGUAUCUUGCACAUAAUGAUCUGUCAGGGUCAAUACCUGAACUCCUGGGUUAUUCAACAUCGCUGCUCCACCUCGACAUAUCAUUCAACAAUUUACAAGGUGAGGUACCAAAAGAAGGGAUUUUCAGGAAUUUAACUGGACUAUCAAUUUUUGGAAACAAUGAGUUAUGUGGUGGAAUACCACAGCUUCAGCUGCCAAAAUGCCCAAGCUCCAAGAAAGGCUUGCCGAAGUCCAUGAGAAUAGUUGUCCCUACAGCAGUUGGUACCCUGGUCUUACUUGUAGCUCUUGCUUUAGCUGGAUUUCUGUAUAGAAAAUUUAAGUCAGGAUUGAGGAAAGAACAACUGUCACCUCAGAAGAUCAUGAUUGACCUUCCAAUGGUUUCAUACAACGACAUACUCAAAGCAACGGACGGGUUUUCAGAAACCAAUCUGCUAGGGAAGGGAAGAUAUGGUACUGUAUACAAAGGCACUCUAGAAAAUUUUGCUGCGGCUGUGAAGGUGUUUAAUCUGCAGCAAUCUGGAUCCUACAAGAGCUUCCUGGAUGAAUGUGAGGCACUAAGAAGAGUUAGGCACCGUUGCCUUGUAAAGAUAAUCACAUGUUGUUCAAGCAUCAACCACCAAGGCCAAGACUUCAGAGCGCUAGUCUUCGAGCUCAUGCCCAAUGGAAGCUUAGACCGCUGGAUCCACCCAGAUAUUGAAAGCCAAAACAGAAUGGGAACACUCAGCUUGUUACAGAGGUUAGAUAUCGCCAUUGACCUCGUGGAUGCUAUAGACUAUCUUCACAAUGGUUGCCGACCUUCCAUCAUCCAUUGCGAUCUCAAGCCAAGCAACAUUCUUCUCACAGAGGACAUGAGGGCUCGUGUUGGGGAUUUUGGCAUUGCUAGAAUUCUAAAAGAAGCUGCAAGCGAAGCUUCUGCAAGUUCCCUUAGCUCCAUGGGAAUAAGAGGAUCCAUUGGAUAUGUUGCUCCAGAAUAUGGAGAAGGGCUUCCGGUAUCUACUUAUGGUGAUGUGUACAGCCUUGGGAUCACCUUGAUCGAGAUGUUUACUGGAAGGUGUCCGACAGACGACAUGUUCAGAGAUGGGCUAACCCUGCAAUGCUUUGCAGAGGCAGCAGGUCUUCCUGGGAAUGUCAUGGUGAUAGCAGACUCCAACAUCCGGCUGCAUGAUGAAGCAAACAAUAGCGCUGACGCAGAACAUAUAACCAGAGCCAAGGAAUGUUUGGCUGCCAUCAUCCAGCUUGGCAUCCUAUGCUCAAAGCAAUUGCCAAGAGAAAGGAUGUCAACAAGUGAUGCUGCUGCAGAGAUGCAUGCUAUCAGAGAUGCCUACAUCAGUAAUCAGAGAUGAAUUGCUGUCAAAUCAUAUAAACAAACCACUACCACAUGCCGAUUGGGUCCUCUGAAUUUAUUCUUGAAUCUGCAGUAUAUUGUGAUGUAAAAUAUCAGCUGGUACUGUAUUGUUCACUCUAUAUGCAUUAACAUUUGUGACAACAUUUCGUGUGGCCUUGGGUGUAAAUAAGACACAUAUGUUCUCCAUCAGUUUAUUCAGUCAACCCUUACCUGAAUCAAUCAGCCUCUAACUGUGAGAGACUGCUCAUGAUUUAAUAUUUGUUUUUUAUGGGUGCAUUUUGUUUCUAGGCUACAUGGUUAUGAGUUCUGACAUUGAGAAUGCUCCAUUUUCCUCCACAUUCUUAUGCAUAAUAACUCCAUGCUUAUUGGGCUUGUAAUUCGUAUGGCAGAGCAAAAACAUUUGAGUUUCUUUACUACCUUGUUGAACAUUUAUUGUCCUGUCAGUUCAUAUUCCAUAUAACACCCUUCUUGAGUCAGCAAAAGAAUAUUUACUAAGUUGUGCGUGUAGUUGAUAAAUGAGUAAGAGCUAGAUUGCUAAGCAUAAGAAUGAAAAAAAAAUAUGAUGCUGAACUAUGUUAAAGAUACCACUACUGUACCUAACUCCCUCCUGGUGAAAAACUCGUGGUCCAAAAGUACCAAAAAAGAAUGAUACAUAUGUCAUUGUUUGCUUGUGUAGCAAUGUCGAAUGUGCGGCUGUCAACAUCUUCAUACUUGGACCAGCAGACCUUGUACACGGAAAUGGCAAGGUCCAGCCAGGGCUUGUAAUGACGGUAUGUGCAUUCUCAAUUUCAGCAAUGUCAACAGCUGGAUCAUAUAGCCAUGCCAAGUGCUUUCCAAUGGAUUUGUCAAACUGUAGAAGGUAAUUGGCCCUGGAGGCAAUGUGCCCAACUUCCACAACUUUUGCUACAUGACUCGGCUCUUCAAAGUUACUUUCAUUGCAUU